GUAGCCACAGUAAAGUUGAGUCUACAAACAUUAAAAAGAAGUAACUUAAUUAUAGUCGAAAACAUAGCUUUUAGUCUUCAAUUUGUGAUAUUUCAUUGAAUCAGAAAAUACAUAAAAAUUUAGAGUUAAUUUUGGCACACCCUUUAGAACAGGAAAAAUGUUUUAAAUCACCCAUCAAGAGCUUUUCUCGAAAUACCUUCCACAAGUACUUUUCUUGUGCACGGAGAACGAUCCUACGCUUUACAAAACAUUCAAAUUCACACACUGAUGCGCAAACAGACGCCAAGAAGCCGAGAAUAAGAUCUACUCAAAAUAUAAACAAAUGACUUAAUUUACCGCUGAUUGCGCACAUAUUUUCAUUGUAAAUUCGAACUUCUAAAAGCGCAGAAGUGAGCAAGUCUAGUGAAGUGAAGUGAAGUGAAGUGGUUUCAGACAAAAAAAUUCUUACAUAAAAAUUACAAUAAUUAUUAUUUAAUUCGUUUUAAGCAAUUUAUCCCGGUAGAAAUGGCAAGCAGCAUUGCACCGUCAACCCCUGCAGAGGAUUGCUCCAAAUUUCCUCAAAAACUUCUAAGUGGACUUCGGCAGUUUUAUGAUGAGCAAAAACUGGUGGACGUAACAUUUAAAGUUUAUAAUCCUACUGCUUUAAUUCCCGCCCACCGUUUGGUAUUGUCAGCUACCAAUACGUUCUUCGAGAAUCUUCUUAGCAGAGAUCCAGGUGUAACACCGUUCAUCGAAAUAAGCGAUAUUGACAGUGAUACCUUUGAGCGUCUGAUCGCAUUUUGUUAUACAGGAAAGACGCUUAUUACCCACGAUAAUGCCGCUGAAAUGCUAAAGGCGGCAAAUAUUUUGCAACUGGAUGAGGCUGCUGCUGACUGCGUGAAUUUUAUUUUUGAAAAUAUAACGGAAUUAUCACUGGAGCGGGUAUAUGCCCUGGAACGCGAGACUCAGUGUGAACGUCUUCGGCAGAAAAUCCAGGAGUAUGAAAUACAACAUUUCAUGGAAAUAAAAGGCAGUGCUGAAUUCAUGAAUUUUGACUAUGAAAAAUUGAAGGAAAUCGUGGAAAGCGAAGACUUGAAUGUGUCUAGCGAAGAAGAUGUCUUUGUCGCGAUAAAAAUUUGGUACGAACAUGAUACUGCCGGCCGUGAACGUCAUUUGCCAGACCUCAUUGGUUGCUUGCGUCUCUUGCAAUUCGAUACGAAUUUCAUAUUGACAAAUAUUCAACCGUUGGCAGGAUGUGAGUCGUUGGCUUUUCGGGCCUUACUAUGGGUCAGUCAACCUUUAGCUCGCACAAGGAUUUCAUUAAAAUUCACGGGACCGCGAGAAUCUUUACGUACAAAUCUUGAAGAGAUGACCUGUUUGGCGGUGGAGAUAAAUUCUGUCAAUGCCACUAGUUGUCUCUUACGAUACAAUAAAACUGAAGAUAAAUGGAUAAAAUACGCAGAUUUAGAUACACAGGGUGUCUAUAGGUUCAGUGUUAUUCUUAAUGAUGACAAUCUAAUCUUCACCGGAGGACAAAGAAAUGAAGUUAGAAGCUGGAAUUUGCGUACCAAAACAUGGAAACAGCUGCCAAACAUGACUCACUCUCGGAGCUAUCACAGUGCUGCACUUUUAAAUGGCAAAAUGUACGCGAUUGGUGGAUUUAAUGGAAGGACUUCUCUAGCGUCGGUAGAAGUAUUCUCCUCCACGGGUGGAUGGCGGGAGGUAUGCAACAUAAAUACACCACACGAGUACGCAGCUGCAGUGACCUUAAAUGGCAACAUUUUCGUUAUGGGAGGUCGCAAUAACUUUGAAGUCUUAAAUUCUGUUGAACGCUACGAUCCAACCACAGAUAACUGGACUUAUUGUGCGAAUAUGAAUUAUUCGUGUGAAUUUCCUGGUGCAGCCGUGCACAAAGGAUUCAUAUAUGUUGUAGGGGCGGAGGAGGCUGAGCGAUACGAUCCACAAAGAGAUGUGUGGACUAUGAUCUCUUCUUUACCUACCAAUAAUCAGCAGCAUGCUUGUAUUUCCUUAAACAAUCAAUUAUGGGCUAUCGGCGGAUGGUGCGGUCAACGAACAGAUUGCUCUUAUGUUUAUGAUGACGAAAGCGAUCGGUGGAUGGAAAAGGCUCAUCUCCCUAAUCCUGGUACAUACUCCUGCUUUGUAGUGCCUGAAGCUUUCUUAUAAUUGGAAUAAAUAAAAUAAUAAAAUAUGAAAACUUACAAAAAUAUUUUUUUACAUAAAUAAAAGUGAAAAUAAUAAAACUUCAA